AUGAGGCAGUUGAAAUAUCAUGAGAAGCGGCUGUUGAAGAAGGUCGACUUCUACAACUGGAAAAGGGAACAAAAUGUGCGAGAGGUGAAGGUUCUUCGGCGCUAUCUCAUCCAAGAUCGAGAAGACUAUCAAAAAUACAACAAACUGUGUGGCGUCGUGACGAAGCUCACCUCGGAGUUGCGGAAACUUCCAGAAGAUGACGCGUUUCGAGUUAAGAUGACCGAGCUGUUGCUUGACAAACUCUACACGAUGGGCGUCAUCAGCAAAAAGAGCAGCCUCGCUCAGUGCGAAGGCUUGUCAGCCUCGAGCUUCUGCCGCAGGCGGCUCUCCGUGGUUCUCGUCCAACUCAAAUUCUGCGAACACCUCAAGCAAGCGACCGCCUACAUCGAGCAAGGACACGUGCGAAUUGGCUCGGAGGUUUGCCUAAAUCCUGCCUUGCACGUGACACGAGAACAAGAAGACCUUAUUGGUUGGUCGCAAGGCUCGUCUAUUCAAAGACACGUGAAGCAGUUCAACCAGACUCUCGACGACUUCGAGCUUCUUGCCAUCUAG